GCAAUAUUGUGACUUUGACAGCUAGCCUAUUUUACGCGCGUAGUGACGUUGGGUGCGUUCUAUAUUAUAAAAGAGGUUUUAAGUGAGUGCGGAUUAGUUUGUGGUUAUAAGAAUAUGGGUUCCCUACCGCGUGUCUCAGUGGUGAGUGGGGCUCGAACAGCUGUUCCAGCAGCGCCGUUAGUUACACACUUGCAACUUCUGCGCAUGCAUGACAGAACUGCGCUAAUUUAUUCAGAUGAAACAUGCAAUGUACGCGUGAGCUAUGCAGAACUUGAAGGCAGAAGUAACGCCAUGGGCAGAGCCAUAGCCGCCCAUGCGAGACCAGUUGGCCCCAACAGGGAUAAUGACUAUGUUAUAGCUGUCUGCAUGCAGCCUACACAUAACACAAUAUUAUCCCUUCUAUCGACGUGGAAGGCCGGAGCUGCCUACGUGCCCUUGGAACCAAGUUUUCCUCAAGCGAGGAUCAGUCACAUCUUGAAGGACGCUCAGCCGUCAAUCAUAAUUUAUGACGAUACUGCUAAUCCAUCAAUGUUUGCAAAUAGCGGAAUAACGUCAAUUUCCUUUGAGGAGUUGACACUAGACGCCAGUUCAUUACCAGCUGACAGCCUGACAGAUAGAGAGAUGUUGGCGCCGGCUUCCGUUGACAGCAUUGCAAUAGUGUUGUAUACUUCUGGAAGUACUGGAAUACCCAAAGGCGUCCGUCUACCGUAUUCCGCGAUUUGCAACCGCCUGUGGUGGCAGUUCCGUUCUCUUCCAUAUUCCGACACAGAAAGCGUUUGUGUUUGGAAGACUGCACUCACGUUUGUGGACUCAGUUUGCGAGAUUUGGGGUCCUCUUUUACAUGGAAGGACUUUGUUGAUAUUACCUAAAGAAACCACGCGUGACCCGCAGAAGUUGGUGCGGGCUUUGGAUGAUAAUCGAGUGGAACGUUUGGUUCUAGUACCAACACUACUCCAAUCCAUUCUCAUGUACCUUUCCUUGAGCCCAGAACAUUCGUUAAAACAUUUGAAACUUUGGGUGUGUUCUGGAGAGACAUUAAGCAAGGAUUUAGCGGCCAGGUUUUUCCAGCAUUUUGGUGAUGGUUAUAGGCUCGCUAAUUUCUAUGGAAGUACAGAGGUUAUGGGGGAUGUAACCUAUUUUGUCAUUGAAAAUAGUGCCCAGUUGGAGCUGUUUCCUACGAUACCAAUCGGUGCACCUCUUGAUAACAGCGCCGUAUACCUUUUGGACGAAGAAAUGAACCCGUCCCGUGAAUCAGAACCUGGUGAGGUCUGGGUUGCUGGACGGAACUUAGCCAAGGGAUACGUGGGUGGACAGGCACCGGAGAAGUUCUGUGAUAACCCUCAUGCUGCUCAUCCAGACUUCAGUCGCCUUUAUCGUACCGGCGACUUCGGUAUCCUUUACAAGGGAAUGAUACUGUUUGCUGGUAGAACAGACUCGCAAGUGAAGAUUAGGGGUCAUCGUGUCGACCUACAGGAAGUCGAAAGAGCUGUCAUAAGUGUACAGGGUGUCGAUAAAGGAGUUGUUUUAUGCUACGGUCUGGAUCGGGGCAAUCCAGAGAUCCUGGCAUUUGUGACCAUCAACCCGAAUGCAAGAUUAAAUGGAAACCACAUUGAGAAUGCUCUGAAGGAUGCACUCACCAAUUAUAUGUUACCACAGGUAAUCGUUAUUGACAGCGUGCCAUUGCUAGUAAAUGGUAAAGUCGACCGACAAGCACUGCUAAAGAUGUAUGAAAACACUAAUAAUAAUGAUGACACGGCUAUAAACCUGGACAUAGACUAUUCAGGAGUUCGUCCUGAAGAAAGAACUAAAGCUCAGAUCCUAUUUGAGACAGUAGGAGAGGUUUUAGGUCGAGCUACGAGAUGUGCUAUAUCACUUAGAGCUGGCUUUUACGAGCUGGGAGGGAAUUCCCUUAACUCCAUCUAUACUAUUACUAGACUGCGGGAUAGGGGAUAUUUUAUUGAAAUUAGUGAUUUCAUCGAAGCAUCGAACUUGGGGGAAGUUUUGCAGCACUUAACAACAAACCCCGAUUGUGGUAGAGAUGAAAACCUAAAGUUUACUGUUGUACCGAUGAGUGAUUCUUACCGAGAGGAUGUUAUAGAGAUGAUAGUAUCAUCAUUUUAUGAGAAAGCCGAGUUGGAGCAGUUCUUACGGCAUGAAAUAAACACACGGGAUUAUGCACACUGUGUAUCGGCUUGUUGGGAGCCGUUGUUGGAGGCUGGACUCAGUGUUGUUUUGGAAGAUUCUUCCGGCAGUCCAGUAGCAGUGGCAUUAAACUUUGAUGCUAGAGCUGAACCAGACAUAGAACUAGUUGGAGGUCUGGCGAAGAUCAUGACAUUCUUGGAGUAUGUGGAAAGUUCAGUCAGAGAUACAAUGUUACCGGAUGGAAAGGGUGCUAUCCUUCAUUCCUUCAUGAUGGCCACAGCAUCGAGCCUUUCAGGCGCAGAUAACGUAGCCGCAAUUCAAGCUUUAGAAGUAGCCACAAUGAAAAUCGCAAGGGAAAGACGGUUUCUUGGGAUUUUCACUACGAAUACAAGUCCUCUGACACAGCAACUUGGCACAGAUGUUUUAGGCUUCCAAACGCUUUUGGACUAUCAAAUUAAUCAGUAUGUGGAUUCAAAUGGAAAUAGAAUAUUCGGCGAAGCUCCUGAUGAUAUGAGAGCUAUUGUUUGCUGGAAGCCAGUAGAUUAAGUUGUUAUAUUAGUUCAAUUUUAAAUUAUGAAAGAGAAUAAAUAGUAAAAGUAUGUUAAAUGUUAAAUCAGCAUUAAUAACAAGGUAUUUCAAUAUACAUAUUACAGUUUGUUAUGAAUUAUAUUUCUAUUAGUUUUAAACUUUUUGAAUGUAGCUUAAAAUUAAUAUAUAUUUCAAUCAAUGUUUCUGUCAUUUUUGAACCGUACAAAUUAUUAUGUAGGUAUUAAUUAGUUUUUUAGCCUUCGUAAGUUUAUAUAUACAUUGUACAUCCAAGGGAUCUACAACACUGUUGAACUUUGCCUUUACAUUCCUUUACCAAAUUAUUGUAAAUACUAAUAGUAGGAAGCCCACGAUGCUAAAUGGGGUUAUGCUCGAGCGUCGUAGAGACCUAAUGAGUUGUAAAGCUUAUAUGUAAAGCUGUCCAAAAAACCUAUUAUUAUCUAUUGUUAGGUUAGGUUAUGUUUGAUUUAUUUUGUUUAAAAUAUAUAUUUUUUAAAUUAUUUUUACUGUUUUCGGCGCGUGAGUGGUUGGGGGUGAUAACCCCUCCACUCACACUCCGACUCGCAACCCGCAAUUCGGGCGACGUAUCUCUAAACCGUUACCAUUGCCAGAAUCAUUAUAAUAUUUUAUCAAUAAAAUCUUUUAACGCCGAUUUAUUAGUUUAGUCUUCUAUUAAAUAAAAUAGGACUAAAUUCGAUUUUAAUGUAAAUAAUAUAUUUUAGAUAUGUACGUAAG